UUUUGUUGCUCGAUUCAAAAUGGGUGAUCAACAUUCGUGUACUGGAGAUAAACUUCUUCACCUGGACAUCCACAUAGAUGAGAAGCAGCCGCGUAAAGGAAUCCUCACCCUACUGAGCAGACUCCGUCCUCACUGGAAGGGCCAGGAUGUCCAGAUGAAGACAUUUACAGAGGGAAUCACUAACCAGCUGAUUGGUUGCUUCGUGGAUUCUCUUCAGGAGUCUGGCUGCGUUCUGGUGCGGCUGUACGGCAGGAUGACAGAACUCUACGUGAACCGGGACCGUGAGGUGGAAAUGUUCCAGGUCUUCCAUGCCCAUGGCUGCGGUCCCGAGAUCUACUGCAGCUUCCAGAACGGCAUCUGCUACCAGUUUGUCCGGGGAGCGGUGCUGGAGGACCAGCUGCUGAGGCAGCCGUCCAUCUACAGGUCUCUGCCCGGACCCCUAUUGAUCGCCGCUGAGCUGGGGAGAAUCCACUCCAUCCAGCCAACGAGCGGCCGGCCCGCUGAACCCCUGCUCUGGACCAAAAUGUCCCAUUUUCUCACGCUGGUGCGGAGCAGCACGGGCCCCCGCCCCGCCGCGCAGCCGCGCACACAGAGUCCCGAGAGUCUAGCAGAGGUCCCCAGUGUUGAGAGGAUGGCGGCAGAGGUGGAGCUGUUGCAGAGACACCUGUCACACAUCCACUCCCCCACCGUCCUCUGCCACAACGACCUGCUCACCAAGAACAUCAUCUACAACCAGGAGGAAGGCGUGGUGAAAUUCAUCGACUACGAGUACGCCGAUUACAACUACCAGGCUUUUGAUAUCGGCAACCACUUUAAUGAAUUUGCAGGUGUGACUGAUGUCAACUACAGCUGCUACCCGGGCCGGGAGCUGCAGAGGGACUGGCUGACCGCCUAUCUGGAGAGCUACAGGCUAUCCACGGGCCGUGAGCCCACGGUCACCGAGGCAGAGGUGACUCGGCUCUACAUUCAAGUCUGCAAAUUCUCACUUGCCUCUAACUUCUUCUGGGGUCUUUGGGCCAUUCUGCAGUCACGUUUUUCCUCUAUUGACUUUGACUUCCAAAGGUACGCCAUGGCACGACUGGGCUAUUAUUUUGAAAAGAAAGAGGAAUAUUUAGGAUUAACAAUGGACCAGUUAACCUGCUCUACCUAUGAAGAAAGGCUGUGA